CGGAAGUGGGCGGGCGGUGGCUGUGCGCGGAGGAGGGGAGGAGGUGCCGAGCAGCCGCUUCCCGCCCCCGAGUGGAGCCGGUGAGGAGCGGAGUAGAGCCGAGCCGGCUGGGCGGCCGCCGAGCUCCCGCCAUGGCCCGGAACACGCUGUCUUCGCGCUUCCGUAGGGUGGACAUCGACGAGUUUGACGAGAACAAAUUCGUGGACGAGCAGGAAGAGGCGGCGGCGGCGGGCGAGCCAGGCCCCGACCCGGGCGAGGUGGAUGGGCUCCUGCGGCAAGGGGACAUGCUUCGGGCAUUCCAUGCAGCUUUGCGGAACUCUCCAAUCAACACGAAAAAUCAAGCUGUGAAGGACCGAGCCCAGGGUGUAGUCUUGAAAGUACUCACAAACUUUAAGAGCAGCGAGAUUGAGCAGGCUGUGCAGUCACUGGACAGAAAUGGCAUUGACUUGUUAAUGAAGUACAUUUAUAAAGGGUUUGAGAAGCCCACAGAGAAUAGCAGUGCAGUGUUACUCCAGUGGCAUGAAAAGGCCUUAGCUGUAGGAGGACUAGGCUCCAUUAUAAGAGUUCUCACAGCAAGAAAGACUGUUUAAAAAAAAGAAUCAUAUUAUCUUGAGAAGAAUUUUGGAUGCCCAGGCUGGUGAAGAAGGGACUGACAAUGGACCAUCUUCCUGAACUCCCAAUUAAAUAUUUCAGGAAACAUCUGCUGAAAUGUAUUUUAUUUUUAGGUGGAAGGAGAAAUUGUCUUAUUGUUUCCUAAAUUCUUUGCAGGAUCAGUGUCUCUGCCUUUGUCUACAGAGUAAUACAGAACUGACACUUGACUAUCAAGACUGACUGGCCAGAUUAUGGCAGGUGUACCUGUGUGUACUUUCUGUUUGCCAUGGGGAGGGACUAUUUGGGCAGGUGCAGAUCCAAGGGCUGCUGUGAAAAGAAGAGCUUGGGUUCUAAAGUGGAAAACCUGAGAGUUUGUACAGAUACUGUCUUGCAGAGAAGACAGGCUGUCUUGGGUUCAUUGUAAAGUGCCUGCUGCAUCAAUAAAGCUCUUGGCUUAUUUGUCUAUUCA